UCCAAAUGCAGUUUCUGUUUAAGUUUAAGUUAAAUAAAAUGAUCCUACGUGGAUAUUUUUAUGCUAUCGUUUACAGAAAUUACACAAUUAAUUGAAUAACAUAAACAGACAGACACACACACGUAUGGUCUGGUCUGUACUGUGCUACUUUGAGGGGUAAUGAUGCUGUUGCGUUAAAUCUAAUGAAGAGGCUUUUAUUUUGAAAUAGUGUCCCACCUGGGCGGGGGCGGUGUCUUUUGCAGUCAACUGAAAACACAGGGUGUGAACUUGUGUGUGUGGGAAAGUGUUUCACGAGGAAGCAGAGCAGCAGCAGGUGUGUGUGUGGGGUCAGGAGCGUAAAGGAUGUCUGUGACUCUCACCAAAGAGAAGGAGGUGACCGUCAUCACCAUAAAGGCCGACAACAAGAGCCUGUCUCCACCGCUGUGGCAAAUCCUGAGGGCUCUGUGCACCAGUGCCGUGUGCUGCUCCGUGAACCACGAGCUGAUGAAACCCUCCGUCACUGCGAUUCUUGGGACGAUCCAGAUCAUGUCGGGCAUGUUCAACAUGGCGCUCGGGCCGGGACGACCUUCCCUACACCCUUUGGAUCUGACUGAUAUUGGUGCUUCUUACUGGCUGGGUGUUGUGUACACUGCAGCUGGUAUCUCAUCCAUCUUGGCCGGACAGUACCCUUCUCCAUGCCUGGCGAUCUUCACCGUGAUCGUGAACAUGGUUGGUGCAGUGUUUGCCUUCACUGGCAUGAUGCUGUACAGCAUCGAACUGGGCCGAGUGUGGGUCUGGUCCCAUUAUGAUCGUCACAGCAUCAGUUUACAGAGUUUAUUGGUGAACUCUGAAGCUGUGUCCGUCCUGCUGGCCGUUCUCCAGCUGCAGGGUUGUAUUGGUGUUGCUGUUGUCUGCAGCAAGGCUGUGAUCGUAAUGAAGAAGAAAGAGGCUGGAGAACGUGUUGGAGAUCAGCAGCCGGAGUUACAGGAUAUGCUCCUGUCCAGUUCCUGUGCUUAGAGUUCGUCCUCCAAUCAAACCACAGAUCUCGUAGCUUUCCUCCUUUAUAGAUGUAGAUCUGCAGGUUUGUUAAGGUUUUGUUGGGCGAAGGAAGAGCAACUUUUCGCAAGUGCAAGUGUUUAAUUAACAGUUUCUGGGGCUGAGGAGUCUCAUUCAUUUCAACCCAACACGUUGCUGCAUGCAAAGCCACCUUACAUAUCUAAUACAACAUCACAACACUUUGUUUUUUCAAUGAACCUUUGAUUUAGUUUUAAAGUAGAUUUUAACUGCUGUGCAUGCAAUAAAAUCAAAGUACACAUUU